AUCAUUUCUUCUUACGAAUUUGAAGAUCAUUAUCAGAAGAACAUGUCUAGAGGUCAUCUGAUAAUCGAUUCAUAAUACUGACCUCAAAAUAGGACUUUGGGGUAAAUUCUGUGUGCUCUUUGGUUUUAUUAUUAGAAUCAAAUUAACCACAAGAGGCGCUCGUCUCAAGAAAGUGUAACGUGUUGAGGUUUUCUGGAUAAUUUUGUUUUCUUCAAUUUUUUCUCAAACAUUUACUAAUUGUUUCACCUUUGAUAGUAAAUUUUCUUGGUUAAAUCAUCAAUUCAACAUGUAGAUUAACUAAUUAUAAUAGUUUUAAUUGCUUAAUUAUACUCUCUUCACUAAUAUUCCAAGAUGUUCUUCAGUGUCUCUUAUGUUUCAGCUUGUGAUCUUUCACUUUUCUCAUUCAAUGAGAAAUAAAAUAAGAUACAAAAACUAUUUGCUCCUCAGAUGUGAUUUACCGUUUUCAUUCAAUCAUUAAUUCACAAUCAACUGCCCAAUCAUUCAUGGUUUCAUCCGUUUCAUCUUAUUAAUAGGAUGUGUUUCAGCAUCAGAGGUUUUCUCAAUAGGAAGGAAAUCGACAUUACUACUGUUCAAGAAUUAGAGUAAAUUGAUUAUCCAAGUUUUUGUGGUUUUCGAUUUUCACCUCAACAUUUAGCAUAUUGUAAUUUUUUAGACCUGGCGGGUAAUUUACAAUUGGUUGAUUGUAAACAAUUGAAUAAACAUUGACACAUGUAAACAGAGUCCAUUCAUUGAGCAGAGAUACUGUCCUGAUUGAUUUCAAUCAUCAAGAUGUCGGUGAUUCUGAUGAUUAACUUAUUAUUAUCCUGUUCACUUGUCGUUUUAUCACAUCAAGAAGCUCCAAAAGCUCAUCUCACCCAAAUGGUUAAACCAAAACUCGGAGAGAAAUCAUCAAUGGUUUGUUAUGCUUCCAAUGGAUCUCCUCCAUUCGAAUUUAAUUGGUACAAAGAUGAUGGAUUAAUUACUAAUUCUGAUGUUAUUAGAAUUGAUAAACUUCGAGAUUCAUCAAUUCUUACCAUUGAUUCAAUGUCUUCAAGCUUCAAUGGUAACUAUAGUUGUCGAGUUACCAACUUAUUUGGUAGCGAUUCAUUAGCUAUAACAUUGACUGUUGAUGGCCCUCCUUCAUGGAUAUUUAAGCAACAAGACGUGAAAUUUAACCAUAAAGACCAUGUAAUCUUGAGAUGUUCUGCCUCUGGUCAUCCAAAACCCAAAAUCAUUUGGAAAAAAUUUGAAGGUUCUCAUUGGACACUAUUGGAUAAUGACGAUAUAAUUGAGAAAACUACAGACGAGGAAAUAAAUAUUCGCAACGUUAAUAAAGCCCAUGAAGGAAAAUACGGUUGUGCCGUAUCAAAUGGAUUCGAGCCAAACCUUUGGAAUGAAUUUACUAUUGGUAUUAUUGGAUUUCCGGCAAAAUUGAAAAACAAAAAUACUGCUUCGAGUUCUGUGUCAGUCAAGAAAGGAAAUAAAUUGGAAAUUGAUUGUGAAGUUGAAGGAGAUAAACCAAUCAACAUGAACUGGAUUAAAAACUCUAUCACUCAAAAUAAAUUUGACAAUCCAAGAUUGGAUAUUAAUGAGUUACCAACCGUUGAUGGUAUCAAAAGUAUAUUGACCAUCAAAUCAGCUGAUUCAGUUGAUGAUGGUGUUUACCAAUGUCAAGCAGAAAAUAAAUACGGUAAAGAUGAGAAGACAAUUAAAGUAACUAUUGUUGAACCUCCACCAUCACCACAAAGUUUCAUGGUUCAUCAAGCUUGGUCUCGAAGUGUCAAUGUUGGUUGGAGUAAAUUGUCAUCUUCAUCGAGUAAAACUCCGAUUCUUGGUUAUGUCAUUAGAUAUUGGAAAACGUCCAGUCCAGGAAUCAAUGAGCAAUUACAUGAAGUUAAUGUUUCAGCCUCAAUGAAUUCCUAUCUGAUUAAAGAUAUUGAACCGGGAACCAUGUUUGAAGCAACUCUAAUGGCCGUGAAUGAAGUUGGCUUGGGUUCACCGUCGAGAGUGAUUAGUUUUACCACAGGGGAAGAAGAACCUUCAUCAGCUCCAGUUGAUCUUGUGGCUACUCCUCGAGGUCCAUCAACAAUACGUAUCACUUGGAGACCACCACCAAGAGAUUCUCAUAAUGGUAAAUUGUUGGGAUAUUAUGUUGGCUAUCGGCGAGCAGAUGAUUACAAGUCAACCCAUUUCUUCAAAACCGUUGACUCUCUAGGACCCAAUGUCACUCAUGAAUAUUUACUCACAUCACUCACCAAAGCGACUGAUUAUUCAAUCACUGUGAAAGCAUUUAAUUCAGCAGGAAGUGGACCCGCUUAUCAGGAAAUCACUGUGGCCACUUUAGCUGGAGAUGUGGCACCUUCACCUCGUCUUCAUAUCACCCAAACCACCGUUGAUUCAAUUACACUUAAAUACACUUUACCUCAAGGAGCUUUAGGAUCGAUUGAUCAUCUUGAUUUACAUUUCAAGGAAGAUGAUGAACCUCAUUGGCGGUCGAUUGACUUUUUCUUUGAUGGUAAAGAAACUGCCGAGUACACACUUUCUGGCCUGAAUCCAUCAAUGGUUUACAAAUUUUACUUGACCGCUUCAAAUAGUCACGGUGCCAGUGAUCCAAGUUCAAUCGUAACAGCGAAAACAUCUCGUCCAGCUCGUGAUGCUUUCACCUUUGGUUCAGUCUUUGAUCCAGCCUCAGAUGCAUUCGGCUCGUAUUGGAACAUGAUCACUGUCCUUUCCAUCACAAUCGCCGUGGCCAUUAUAAUUAUCGUUAUCGUGAUCGCUUUUGUUUUCGUUCGAAAAGCUCAACUCGAAGCAGCCACCAAACCUGCUUACGAAUUUUCUCUCGCCUCACAAGCGGGUACAUUGGGCUAUAACCAGUCAAUCCCACCGACGGGAACAGUCCGACGAUUUGUGGACAUCGAUGUAAAUACAAAUAAACCCUUGAUGCAUGGGUCACUUGUGGAUGAAUAUCCAACCCCUUACUCUAAACUUACGGUCGAUGGCAAUAAUAAACAUUCCGUGCUAGUUGAUCACAACCAUGUCUAUGAUUGUCCACGAUGAUGACUCUAUUAUUGAAGCUAAUUGUCAUGUUUUCCUUUUUUAUUAUUCCCUUUUUUUCAUCGUCAAAUAUUGAUUUGAUUUCUAUGGAAUUAGACAAUUUAAUCAACACAUUUUCGCUCAAAAGGUUGAUUAAUGUUCUUCUCAUCAGCUUCUGAUAUUAUUCAUUGACACACAAUCUAAUUAUAUGUCACAAUUGUUCAAGUCGCUUAAUUAUAUUGAUCUCUUAUCUCUUAUCUCUUAUCAUUUUCUUUUCUAAUCAAAUUGCCGAAAUUUUUUCUUUUAAUUAACUGAUCAUUUUGUCUCCCACCUUUCUAAUCGAUUGAUUGUCAUUUUUAUAUCUUAACUUAAAGCUCAAUAUUGAGCUCCAUUCUCAUAAAAGUUUUGAUCGUUUUA